GAAGGGAAAGGGAAAGGGAAACAAUAUCCCGAGCAGCGCAGCAAACGCAGCAUGCCUCUGCCAGCGUCACUGCCCCGUCAAUGUACUUUGUUCACUUGAUACACAAAAACGGUACUCGUCGCUAAUCUCGCUCUCUCUAGGAGAGCGCGGGCUCUUCCUGAUCAAGCACACGGCAAACUAUACACACACUCUGUGUGUGUGCCACCCACUUUUGCUCCCUUCCCGUCGUUGAUUUUGGUGGUGGUAGUGGUAGUGGCGCCCCAUAUUCGUGCGAGAGUGUGUGCUACAACAACCACCAAAGAAAAAGCAAAGCUCUGUGCCGGCGGCUUCCUUUUGUCUAGCUGACGAACGUAUAAAAUCUGCUUAAAACCUCAACCGGAACUUGGAGUUGACAGCGAUUUUCAACAUGGCUUCGCAUCCGUUGUAUCAUUUCAUCAACCGAAUUUGGAUUGAUAAACUGAAGAAGAUAGAAACUUUCACCGUUGUACCAGUGUGUGUGUGUACUAAAAGUCCUGUUUGCUCAAUGUUUUGAAUAUAUUACGUGCAAUCGAGACGUUCACAGUGUGUGCAGGUUCCUAUUGAAUUUAGCCGAGGGCAAUAAAUCGAAUCUGAACUCAUCUUAAAGCUAUGUCCGCCAAGACCGAGGCGGACAACACGACGGCCGCCAAUUCUGGCGGCGGAGGAGUUGGAGGCGGCACGACCUCUGCCGGGGGGGCAUCUGCGAACGGAACAGCCACUCCGGCACGUCGCCUGCGCACCCGCAACUCGACGGGCAACGGAACAGCCAGUGGAGGCGAGUCCGUGAAGAAAUCAAAUGCAAGCGACGAGCCCUCGACCCCAGUCACCCCAGCAGGGUCGGCAGGAUCUCACGCCCAUGGUCCGACAGCAGCGUCUCCGGCAGUAGUAGAUCGCCCCAUGCCCAGUGUGCCGAUGAACCACGCCAGUAGCAGCGUGUCGGCCAGCAAGAAGUACCACAACAGCUGCCCUCAUCCCACGCCCACGCCUGCGCCCACUGGGCACAAGAAGACGGUGCACACGCAGCCGCACAGCAGCAACAAGUUUGAUCAGGGAAAGAACGAGGAGUUCCACUUCGACACGCCGCCAGAGUGCCCCGUGUUCCGGCCCACAGUUGAGGAGUUCAAGAACCCGCUGGCCUACAUCAGCAAGAUCCGCUCCAUAGCGGAGAAGUGUGGCAUCGCAAAGAUCCUGCCGCCGGCCACCUGGUCGCCGCCGUUUGCGGUGGACGUGGACAAGCUGCGCUUCGUGCCACGGGUCCAGCGGCUCAACGAGUUGGAGGCCAAGACGCGCGUGAAACUCAAUUUUCUCGACCAGAUCGCCAAGUUCUGGGAGCUUCAAGGCUCCUCGCUCAAGAUCCCAAUGGUGGAACGCAAGGCCCUUGACUUGUACACACUGCACCGCAUCGUGCAAGAGGAGGGGGGCAUGGAGCAAACCACCAAGGACCGUAAGUGGGCGAAAGUGGCCAACCGGAUGCAGUAUCCCUCCAGCAAAAGCGUGGGCGCCACCCUUAAGGCCCACUACGAACGUAUCCUACAUCCCUUUGAGGUGUACACCUCCGGCAAAGUUCUAGGUCCCACACCAGCGCCUGCUGGAGCUGGCGGCACUCCCGUGAAGCUAGAGGAUGGAGGCGGCACCGACUACAAGGCCCACGAGAUACCAACGCGGCAGCAAAUUGCGCCGCCGAACGAGACCAGCACUCGCCGUUCCAAGCGGUUCGGAAACUCGAGUGCCAGCUGUGGCCUGAGCGGCGUCACGCCCACGGCCAAGCCGUCCGCUGGCGUGUUCGUCAAGACGGAGACCAAGGAGGAGUUUAAGAGGGAUCUGCUCAGCAGCUUCAACGCCGUGAACAGUGGCGGUCCGCAGUUGGCCACCGGCGCCCCCGCAAACACACGCGGCGCCACCCAGAAGAAAGGAGGCGAUCCUCCGGCCCUUAUCGUUGACCCACUGAUGAAGUACAUAUGCCACAUCUGCAACCGUGGCGACGUAGAGGAGUCGAUGCUGCUCUGCGAUGGAUGCGACGACAGCUACCACACCUUCUGCUUGCUGCCACCUCUGACUAGCAUACCCAAAGGUGAAUGGCUUUGCCCGCGCUGCGUGGUUGAGGAGGUAAGCAAACCACAGGAAGCGUUUGGCUUCGAGCAGGCGGAGCGGGAAUAUACUCUUCAGCAGUUUGGGCAAAUGGCCGACCAGUUCAAACAGGAAUACUUCCGCAAGCCGGUGCACUUGGUGCCCACCGAGAUGGUGGAGCGUGAGUUUUGGCGCAUCGUAUCUUCUAUUGACGAAGACGUUACCGUCGAGUACGGGGCUGACUUGCACACAAUGGAUCACGGGUCCGGGUUCCCUACCAAGAGCUCGUUAUAUCUGCUCCCUGGCGACCAGGAAUAUGCGGAGUCAAGCUGGAACCUCAACAACCUGCCGUUGCUGGAGGAUUCCAUUCUGGGCCACAUCAACGCCGACAUAAGCGGAAUGAACGCACCGUGGAUGUAUGUGGGCAUGUGCUUCGCCGCCUUCUGCUGGCACAACGAGGACCACUGGAGCUACUCGAUCAACUAUCUCCACUGGGGAGAACCCAAAACCUGGUACGGUGUCCCAGGGUCCUGUGCAGAGCAGUUUGAAGAGACCAUGAAACAGGCAGCACCCGAGCUUUUCUCCUCGCAGCCCGAUCUUCUCCACCAACUGGUCACAAUAAUGAACCCGAACAUCCUGAUGAACAACCGGGUGCCUGUGUUCCGCACCGAUCAGCACGCCGGCGAGUUUGUAAUCACCUUUCCCCGGGCCUAUCAUGCCGGCUUCAACCAAGGCUAUAACUUCGCCGAGGCCGUCAACUUUGCGCCCGCCGAUUGGCUGAAGAUGGGGCGUGAGUGCGUCAACCACUAUUCCAUGCUCCGCCGCUUCUGCGUCUUCUCGCACGACGAGCUCGUUUGCAAGAUGGCCCUGGAGCCGGCAAAGCUCACAUUCGGCAUCGCUACAGCCUGCUACAUCGACAUGGCCGAAAUGGUGGACACGGAGAAGAAACUGCGCAAAUCACUCCUAGAAUGGGGCGUCACCCGAGCAGAGCGUCGCGCAUUUGAGCUGGUGAACGACGACGAGCGCCACUGCCAGGAGUGCAACACCACGUGCUUCCUCUCGGCGGUGGCCUGCGAGUGCAACGACAAACUGAUUGUCUGUCUGCGCCACUACACUGUACUUUGCGGCUGUGCUCCUGAGAAGCACACCCUGAUCUACCGCUACACGCUGGACGAGAUGCCGCUGAUGCUGCAGAAACUAAAGGUGAAGGCACACAGCUUCGAGCGCUGGCUCUCCCGUUGCCGUGACAUCGUCGAUGCACAUACGCCCACUUCGGUGACCCUGCAGGAGCUGCAAGACUUGUGCAAAGAGGCCGAGACCAAGAAGUUUCCCUCCUCGCUGUUAAUCGAUCGUCUUAAUGCUGCGGCCAUCGAGGCGGAAAAAUGUGUGACAGUUAUACAGCAACUCGGCAUCAAUAAGGUACGAACUCGCUCGGACCACAACCAGGAGGCGGCUCAGUACAAGCUGACCAUGGAGGAGCUCGAGUUGUUCGUCCAGGAAAUCGAUAAUCUCUGCUGCAUCAUUGACGAGGGUGCAUCUGUGCGGGAGCUCCUGGUGUUGGGGAAACAGUUCGUGGAGCGGUCCGAGAGCCAGCUGCAGCUGACGCUGGAGGCGCUCGAGGAGAGCGAGCUAGAAACAUUGAUAAAUGAAGGCAGCUCUCUGCGCAUCGAGCUCCAGCAGCUCGACCAACUGCAGAAGCGGCUGAAGCAAUGCAAGUGGUACAAGCGCUCGCAGGGAUUGAGGGAGACCAGCUCGAAGCUGACCUACCAGGACGUGAAGAACCUGCUGCACAUGGCGGCUGCCGACCUGGACCCCACGGACCCCUAUGUCGACAGGGAGAUGCGGAAGUUGCAGCAGAUUGGGGCAGACAUCGAGGCCUGGGAGUCGCAGGCGGCCAAGUACUUCCGGCGACUGAACCAACAGCACGAGCUGGGCGAAAUAGAGCAGUUCUUGAAAUCGGCCGGCGACAUCAACGGUCAGGUUCCCUCGCACGGGCUGCUGAAGGAUGCGCUUCGAAAGGCGCGCGAGUGGCUGCGGUCCGUCGAGCAGCUGCAGCAGAACAACCACGUCACAUAUUGCCACACCCUCGAAGCGAUGAUCGAACGCGGCCUGAGCAUACCCAUCCAGCUGGAGGAGCUCAGUCGAAUGCAGGGCCACCUGAACAGUGCCCACCAGUGGAAGGACAACACAGCGUGCGCGUUCCUCAAGAAAGGCACCUUCUAUACGCUCUUGGAGGUGCUCAUGCCCCGCUCGGAUGCCAUAAAUAUUGACUCGGAUCUCAAGCCGCGCUUCCAGGAUGACUUUCUGAAAGAAAAAAAUCCGGCGGAGAUUGUGGCCAGCUUUAAGCAUGCCGAGGAGCAGGAGCUGCUUGAUAUGCGUGAUCUUCGGCGUCAGAACAUGAACAAGAACCCCUUGCGCGACAUGUUCUGCUUGUGCAAGUCUGAGUUCCGAAGCCUGAUGUUCAACUGUCAGUUGUGCCGCGACUGGUUUCACGAGGAUUGCGUUCCACCACCUUCGGCCACGAAUCAGAAUGGAACCCUCAACGGCGGAGCGGGAGAAGGAGCUAAUCGCCCGAAGUGGCUCUGCCCCAGCUGCGUGCGCUCUAAGAGACCGCGCCUGGAGACCAUCCUUCCGCUGCUCGUCCAGCUGCAGCAACUGCCCAUCCGUCUGCCCGAGGACGAAGCCUUGCGUUGCCUGGCGGAGCGGGCCAUGAACUGGCAGGAUCGAGCGAGGAAGGCGCUCAGCAGUCCCGACGUGAGUGCUGCCCAGGAAGCGAUUCUGGCCCAGCAGCAGCAGAAGCGGCGUUCCGAGGGUGGGGGAGCAGGGCUGGGCAAUAUCAACAGUCCGCGGAAGCCACGUCGCCGUGGUAGUCUCGCGAAAGAGGCCAGCGGUUCCACAGAGUCGGAUGCUGACGACGACGACGAUGAGGACGAAUGCCGGCUUCGGAUCGUAGAGGACAACUAUAGCAAUGAUGAGGAUGAGUCACGUAUCGCCCCCGCGACCGCCACCAUCAACUCCGAUCUCCUCAAGCUGCUGUCGGACAGCGAAAUUGAAAAUCUGCUUGACCUGAUGAUGGAGGGCGACCUGCUCGAGGUCUCCCUGGACGAGACGCUCGAGCUGUGGCGCAUUCUGGAGACGAUGCCGCCCACGUUGCUGCAGGCGGAGGCCAUGGAGCGAGUGGCCCAGCACCUGCAGCGCCAGCGGCAGCAGCAACCGAAUCCGUUGCCCACAUCCGGAGCCGAAGACUCGAACGACAGUCUGCUGGUGCAAAACAGUCCCAAUAGCAACAGCAAUAGUGGAGGCCCGACGGCAUCAUCGGCCAGCAACAGCGGGCGCAACAAGAAGAGGCGCUCCAACGACACUAGCGGCCACUCGGCUGUGCCGCGAAAGAAGCAGAACACACCCAAGCAGACUCCCGGCAAGAAGGGGCCGGCGGCUGCGGGUCGCAAGAGUGAUGCCAAGGCAUCCCCAGCAGCAUCCACGACCCCGGGAGCGGAUGCCGAUGCUGAGAACAAGCAGGCCAACGGCGGAAACACCAACUCUAGUACGGGAUCUGGUGGUGGCAAUCAAUCUGCGGCCACCACGCCCACACCCGGCUCGACGCACAAGAAGCGCAAGCGCGUCUCCACAACCGCCGCCGCCACCAACAACAACAACAACAACAAUAGCACGAACAACAGCAACAGCAGCACCAAUGUCAACAGUAGUUCGGCCAGCGCGCAGGGAGCAGCCACCGGCGGCAAUAACGCAACUGGCGGCCAGAAGAAGCACGCGCAGCGUUCUCAGCAGGCCGCGCAGGAGGACGACGAGGAGGAGUGCCGGGCGGAGAACUGUCAUAAGCCCACCGGACGGGAGGUGGACUGGGUGCAGUGCGACGGCGGCUGCAACGAGUGGUUCCACAUGUACUGUGUGGGUCUUAUUCGCAGCCAGAUCAAGGCGGACGACGACUACAUCUGCAUCCGGUGCACCAAGACGGUGGCCAUUGGCGCACCCGGAUCCGGUCACAGUAUAAGCGCGACGUCCACGACGACGCCGGGCAAACAGAGGGCGGUGCAAUCGGCGCGGUAGAGUGAAUGGAGUGACUGGAGUCCUGCAGUUGCCGGGCGGCCGAUACAUUUUAGAUUUUGCAGUGACAGCCGAUUUGUGUUUUGCGCAUGAUGUACUACUACUACUGAACACACGAAGCAGGCCGACUAACGGUAUUUACUAAGUUUAGUAAAGUCACUUGAAUGUUUGGGUAGUACAUAUUUACCAAUUAUCGCUAUACUUACGCAUCUGCAACGUAUAAAACAUUUGAAAACAACAACAAAAAAAAAAAAAAGGAAAUACAAGAGCAAAACAUAAGGGAAAUAAGAAGAAGCAUAGGGAUUAUCGAUUAAGUAAAACAGAAGAAACGCAAACAAACCCACACAACUAUUUGUUUUUGUACAAUUCAACCCAUUUUUUACGUUCGUUAAACGUUCUUUUACUAUUAUAAUAUAUUUUACCAUUACCAUUA